AUGGACACGAAAGCUGUAGAACACAAGCAACCCCUCCUGAAGAAUGUGGAAGAGACGGCCCAAGAAGAGUCACGAACCACUUCGGAAUUUCCUUUAUUAACUGCAAUAGUAAAGCAACCAAAGACCAAGAAACAAAAAAUCGUGAGAAAAACCUUCAAAGGCACCGCCGUUUUGUCCAAGCUUCUGCCUACUGGCUCAGCCCUUACUUUCCAAAUACUGUCCCCAGUUUUAACGAACCAAGGCCAAUGCAAGACCCAGGUUUGCCAAAACUUGAUGCUAGGCCUUGUGGCGUUUUGUGCCAGCUUGUGUUUCUUCCUUUCUUUCACCGAUAGUGUUCGAGAUGAAAGAGGCAAGGUCCGGUACGGGGUGGCUACGUUUAGAGGGUUAUGGGUAAUGGAUGGCCCUGUUGAACUGCCAAUAGAGGAGGCAAACAAGUAUAAGGUCAAGUUGAUUGAUUUUUUCCAUGCUUUGGUAUCCAUAAUGAUUUUUAUGGCGCUUGUUCUGUUCGAUCAAAAUGUUGUCGACUGCUUUGGUCUGAAGCCAUCAGGGGACAGCAAUGCGCUGCUGCUGAUGUUAUUGCCAGCAAGCAUUGGAGCCAUAGGCUGCCUUUUGUUUGUUUCAUUCCCUAGCAAACGCCAUGGAAUUGGCUGCCCUCUCUCCAAAAAUUAG